CGUCAGUUACGGACUCCUCCGCCUCUUACUUUGUCGAACUCGUCCCCGUUCGGCGGGUGACGAAUGCGAUUGGUUGUGACGCCUAUCAUUCAGCAAAGUGACUCAAAAUCCAACGGCGUGUCCCCGUUGGCUAGUUUGGCGCUGAAGCAAAGCGGGCGGGUUUCGCGCGACCAAUGGUGGGCGGGCCGUUUAGCGUUUCUUUGUGUGUGGGCACCAGUUGCCGGCCGCGAGCGCGCCUGAGGACGAGUGGGAGCCGCCAUUUUAUGCACUUCCUCUCCCCACCCCCCUUUCCCCGUUCUUUGCCGGUGAAGGUAGGCUGGCGAGCUACUCCCCCAACGAACCCCAGCCUCUAAUCGCCUGCCGGUUUCGCCAGACUACAGCUGCCCCCUACCGGCGGCAGCGGCGGCAAGGAGACGGCUGCUGGCCGCCGCGCCUCCGGCAUGGAUAACUCCCAGCUAUGUAAGCUGUUCAUCGGGGGCCUGAACGUCCAGACGACGGAGGCAGGGCUGCGAGAGUACUUCGAGGCCUACGGGACCCUGACCGACUGCGUGGUGGUGCUCAACCCGCAGACCAAGCGCUCCCGAUGCUUCGGCUUCGUCACUUAUUCGGUCGUGGAGGAGGCCGACGCCGCCAUGGCCGCCUCGCCGCACGCCGUGGACGGCAACGCGGUGGAGUUGAAGCGGGCCGUCUCUCGCGAGGACUCAGCCCGGCCUGGCGCUCACGCCAAGGUGAAGAAGCUCUUCGUCGGAGGCCUGAAGGGGGACUUGGGCGAGAACGACCUCAUAGAGCACUUCAGCCAGUUCGGCCCGGUGGAGAAGGCCGAGAUCAUCUCCAACAAGCAGAGCGGCAAGAAGCGGGGCUUUGGCUUCGUCUACUUCCAGAACCACGACGCCGCUGACAAGGCCGCCGUCGUCAAGUUUCACCCGAUCCAGGGACACCGCGUGGAGGUCAAGAAGGCCGUGCCCAAGGAAGACAUCCAGGGCGGCGGCGGCGGUGGCGGCCGGUCAGGUUGGGGCGGACGGGGAAGAGGAAGGGGAGGCGGUGGAGGAGUCGGCAACCGGGACCACAACGGGCUGUCCAAAGGAGAAGGAGGCGGUUAUAACAGUUAUGGAGGCUACGGCGGCGGCGGCGGCUAUGGCUCCUACGGAGGCGGCGGCUCGUACGGUGGCGGUGCCAGCGGUGGCGACUAUGGCAACGGGUACGGAGGCUUCGGCAGCUACAGCCAGCAUCAGUCAUCUUACGGGCCCAUGAAGAGUGGCGGCGGCGGCGGCCCCGGCGGCGGCUGGGGCCCCCGCAGUAACAGUGGACCCUACCGAGGAGGUUAUGGCGGGGGAGGGUACGGAGGCGGCUCUUUCUAAUGAGAAUCUCCCCAUGGCUCCGGGGAUGUCGGUUUUGUCUGCAUGGAGUAUGCCCGCCGUUUAUACCGGGCAGGUUUUCAAUAAGUUUCCCUCCUCUUCGCUUACGGGCACCUCCAUAGAAAAGGCUCCCACGAUGCAAAGCAGCUUUCGGAUCCCCUUGCUUGGGGUCGGCCAGCUGCCUGUGUUGCGUAUUUCCGAAGAUGAACUGGGCCUUUCACACAACUGUUUUGUGUUAGUCAUUGAUGGACUCUAUUUUUUUAUUGCUUGGACAUUAGUAGUUUUUAUACUAGGAACAAGAUACUGUUUUAAUUUUCGUUUAUUUGGGUUUGGGAGGGAAAGUUGUGCUGAUUCUGGAGUAAACCUGGGGAGGGAAACGGGAAUUAACUUUGUACGGACUUGGAUAUCUACACAUUUUUUUCUACAAAAUUACUCUGGUUCCAUGACUGUAAAAGGAGGGGGGAACGUUUUUACACUUUUAUUUUUUAAAUAAAUCAUUGUGUUCAUUGAUAUUCACAUGUCUUUUUUUCCUAGGAUUCAUUCCACACAGUUCAGACAAAAGCUUUUAGGUUUAAACCAGCUUAUUUCUACUCAGAUUUCAACAUGUGGUUAGAAUAAAAUACUUCAUUUCUAGUAAGAGUUUGACUUUCUUGCUGUCCUACUGUACUGGAUUUCUUACUUCUUAACAAUUGUAGGGCAGUUUUUUGAAUGUCUGUUGAUGGAGGGUUAAAAUACUUUAUUGUCCAUCCACAGUGUAUCAUACUUGGCAGUUGUCUUGCUGACAGCUUGUCUGUUUAAGUAUAGGGAGUAAUCACCCAUGAACAUAUGUGCUAACAAAUGUAUAGCAUGCAUUUUUAUAUUUUUGACUGUUCAAAAUUUCACAUUGCUCAGUUUCACACUGUUAUUUAUUGGCUUGCCUGUAAACAACCUAUUAUAAGGGAAAGUUUUUCAUUAGUUAUUUCCAUUGCAUCUUAGUUAUUUCCAUUGCAUAGUGAAGUCAUUGACUGCAUAUUACCUUAACCUUUCUGAUCGAAGAAACCAAAUAUUCUUAGUAGUGCCAUCUACUGGCAGAAUAGUUGUCUAUCCCUAUUAAGUUUAUUUGAACAGAAUGAAUUGGUUCUUUCAUUAGGGCUUUAGAUGACAAAGGCCAGACCUACAUGUCAACACAUUUCUUGGGCAUGGGCUUAAAUGAUACAUUUGAAACAUUCAUAAGUACAUUGUACUAGGUUAUUGUUAAAUGACCCAGUAGCCCAAGGGCCAGUUGUAAAUCAAAAUCUCUGUAGUCUGUAGUUAUGUACUUGUAGUCCUUCCCCACAGUAGAAUUAAAAGUUUGUUGUUCUGUUAACAAUGUUCAGAAAAGAAACUGCCUUCCUGGAUAGAAGUAUAGUAUAGUUAUGAAUAUUGCAAAUAAAGAAUUGAAUUCUU